CUUCCGAGAUAGUUAUUUACAUAUAAUCCAAGAAAAUAUUACAUAUAAAAUAAUAAACAACAAUAAUUACCAAUUUCAUUAUUGUAAUCGAAUUUGGAUUUAUUUUCAAGUCCUAUAUCGUUCAAAGUGCGUCCGUGUUUAUAUAUACAGGUCAUUGAAGCAUUAAGUUUGACUUAACCUCUUCAUCGUGAUAUUUAAUUCGUAUACUUUGGAAUUUUCUUUUAGUAAUUAUUUAUUUCAACUGUAAUGUAAAAAGAAUUAUUUGUAGUAUCGAAAAAAUUAUUUUCCUUAUACGCGUUUGUAUUAUUUCAAUAAUAAGAAUAAUUGGAAGACAAUGUGCGAAGUCAAAGUUUUGUCUAAUGGAUACUCCGAACAAAUGGAUGAUAGAAUAAUGUGCGCUAAUUGUUCGUGCACUUUAAUAAAAGGACCAAAAUUAAUUAUUGUCGAUACUAUGACUGCUUGGGAUCAGAAAAAAAUUUUGGAAGCUCUUAGUCGUGAGAAUGUAACACCAGCAGAAAUUGAUUAUGUUGUAUGUACACACAGUCACCCCGAUCAUAUUGGAAAUAAUAAUUUAUUUACCAAUGCAGAGCAUAUUGUAGGUCAUUCUGUACAGCACGGUGAUUUGUUUUACGAAGAGAAUCUUAAAAAUGAAGAAUAUAUUCUAUGCGAUGGUGUUAAAGUUCUUGCAACACCAGGCCAUACAUCAGAAGAUAUUACUGUAUUAGUUCAAACUAAUAUUAAUGGUCAAUCUAGUUGUGUCGCUAUUACAGGUGAUCUGUUUGAAAAGGAAGAGGACAUUGUAAAUCCAUUAAUUUGGAAAAGUCUCGGUCAAAAAGAGUUACAAAAAGUUCAAUCUUACAUGCGCUCACGUAUUAUUAAUCUUGCUGAUUUUAUAAUACCUGGACAUGGUCCAAUGUUUUCUGUUACAGAUAAAAUGAGGCAGAUUGUUGAUAGUCAAGUGAUUGAAUGAUUCUACAAUUAAAAUUGAAAACAUUUAAUUCAACGAUUAAAUUUAACCACACAAAUCGUUUACAAUCUUAUUUAUUUUUACAAACAUUUUAUUAAACAUUACAUAAUGAAGUA